AUGGCGAAGUUCUGCGGCAGCAGGCCGACGAUGAUCAAGACGGUGAGGCUGACGUUGUGGUGGCACUGUAGCUUGCUCGUGCAGCCGGGGCGCCCCGCCGGUGCCUGCCGCGCCCGCAGCAAGAACGCUCGAGGCUUCGAGCCCGGCGGCCUCGGCAGCUCGCCGGCGAUGGACCAUGGCCGCGGCACGGCGACGAGCAAGAUGAGGAGACAAACGAGCCGCGGAGGCGGCAUGGUGGAAAAUAAAAACAAGAGAAGCCCCGCCUGCGCUGAACGCCUGUACUCCGCAAUCGAUCUAAUCUGCUCUCUCGCCGAUUCGCGUCACCGAGCUCAACGCGAACUCGCCGAUUCGCCGAUUCGCCGGCCGCUCAUCUCCUCUGCAUCAUCGCCGAUUCGCCGAGCUCUCGACAUCCCCAUCUUGACGGCCGCUGCCACCUCGACCUCGCUGCUCCUGGUACGCCCACCCUCCGCCGCCGCCGCCGCCGCCGCCGCCGCAGACGCCAAGAUGUUUGAUUUCUUUGUGGUGAUCGAUUUUGAGGCGACCUGCCAGGAAGGCUCGGUGAUCUACCCACAGGAGAUCAUCGAGUUCCCGUCCGUCCUCGUCGACGGCGCCACCGGCCGGACGCUGUCCACCUUCCGCACCUAUGUCCGCCCUCGGCACCAUCCCCGUCUCACCGAUUUCUGCCGCGAUCUCACCGGAAUCACCCAGGGAGACGUUGACGCUGGAGUCAGCCUCGCUGAGGCACUAGAGAUGCACGACCACUGGCUCGAAGCACAUGGUGCUAAGCUGGGCAAGCUCGCCGUUGUAACCUGGGGAGAUUGGGACUGCCGCACAAUGCUGGAGGGGGAAUGCCGCUUCAAAGGUAUAGAAAAGCCUCACUAUUUCGAUCACUGGAUUAAUCUAAGGCUGCCCUUCUCGGCAGCGUUUGGUGUCGGCAAUGUUCGUUUCACUCUACAGGAUGCGAUUAGGAAGGCGGGGCUGCAGUGGGAGGGCCGCCUCCACUGUGGUCUGGAUGAUGCUCUAAACACUGCUCACCUCCUCGUCGAGCUCAUGCGGCGGGGAACCCUUCUCAAGAUCACAGCCUCUUUGGCACCAACGCAGUCACCUCCUCGCCCUCAACCUAAGGCGGCGUUGCCAUGUGUUGGCCCGCGCUCGGUGGUGUCGACGCUACCUACUCAGCCUCAGCCUCAGCCUCAGCUGCCGCUGCCAUGUGCCGCAGCCACUGGGAUGGACACAGUGCCGUGCUGCUUCUGUGGUGUGGCCAGCAAGCUAGGCGUGGUGGCCACGCCGGGCCAGAUGCAGGGGCAUUACUUCUACGGAUGCGGCUGGUGGACUCCGAUAUGCUCUUUCUUCAUGUGGGCAACAUAACUGCCUGCAGUCUGCACAGGUAAGUAGUAGUAGGUAAGUAUUUGCCUUUUCCCUUUACAUACAUCGUAUCAAUUUCAGGUGCAAAGGUUCAUGAUUAUCUAUUAUUUAAGUAUAUAUGCAUGCAUUAUUUAUGUUUGUGAGUUUGUCUUAGUCUCAUAAAGGAUACUAGUUUUUUUUCACGCGUAAAAUUCAUCGAACUUAGAACAAAGAUCGGGUCACAGUGGUGUUGGUGGGAAGGUGCCACUCGAGUCGGGUUGUGUGGCAUUGUCUGCACGUAAAAUCCCUUGCUCGUUCUGCAUCUUCAAGCGGUGGUAGACUGGAUCGCGAGUAGCUUGUGGGGAGGUUGCUGAACCAACUACUCAAUUGUGAUUGUGAUUCUUUGAGAUACACUUCAUGACAGCGCCAACUAAGCCUUCACACAGACUCAAUUCCAGUUGACCGCCAUGGAGGCAGAAAACAGCAAGACACAGGAUCGGUAUGAUCGUCUCGAAACCUCUUCACCAUGGUCACCAGUAUGGGUAUUCAGCAACAGAUGCAGGUUCAAAUGCAGUUAAACUCUCACGUUGUUGAAAAAACAGUGAAAGAUCAAGUGCUAUUGACCAAGCAGAUUGCAGAAACUGGUUGUGUGGUGGCUCAGUUGACCCUGCAACGUAACACAGCUCCUGUUUUUUAUGAACCUGAAAGACCAAAAUCUCACAAGUCAAACUCUAAGGUUGCAUGAGCAUCAAUGGACUCACGACAUCUGAGGUGCUCUCAGUGUUGCUGGUCUUGCUGAGUUCAUAGGAAUCGUGGACCUACAAGAGGAAGUGAGCUAAUGUUGGGCAUCCUGGACAAGCAUCGAUGGAGGUUCUCAGCUAAUGGACAGUAUUUGUCGAAAUCAGCUUAUGAGACCUUCAUUGGAGCAGUACAUUUUGAACCGUGGAGGAGCCGGGAUGAAGCAGCAGUUUGCACUUAGAUUAGGAUGCUAGGGAAACUUCUUUUUUUUUUCCUUUCUCUACUUGUCUUUUGUAGGAAACUCCUGUACUUAUGUUUUGUUUCCUGUACUACAAUGAAAAGGCAGAGUACCUGCCAUCGUUCCUAAAAAAACUUGUUGAA